CGGCCGUUACCCCAGGCUUCUUUAAAUAUCAGCAACAAACUGUAUGCCUCAUUUUCCAAUUUACCGUCAUUUUCUCCAUUUCGAUUCCUGCUCCUCUUGGUUCUUCCUGUGAGACAAGAAGAUGGGGCUUUCGUUUACGAAGCUGUUCAGUCGGCUUUUUGCCAAGAAGGAGAUGAGAAUACUCAUGGUAGGUCUCGAUGCGGCUGGUAAGACCACCAUUUUGUAUAAGCUCAAGCUCGGAGAGAUCGUCACGACUAUUCCUACUAUCGGGUUUAAUGUGGAAACCGUUGAAUAUAAGAACAUUAGCUUCACUGUGUGGGAUGUCGGAGGCCAGGACAAGAUUCGUCCUUUAUGGAGACAUUACUUUCAGAACACACAAGGACUGAUUUUUGUGGUUGACAGUAAUGAUCGUGACCGUGUAGUUGAGGCUCGAGAUGAGCUGCACCGCAUGUUGAAUGAGGAUGAAUUGAGGGAUGCUGUGCUGCUUGUAUUCGCUAACAAGCAAGAUCUUCCCAAUGCCAUGAAUGCUGCUGAAAUUACUGAUAAGCUAGGCCUCCACUCACUUCGUCAACGCCAUUGGUAUAUCCAGAGCACAUGUGCCACUUCUGGUGAAGGUCUUUACGAAGGGCUUGACUGGCUCUCCAACAAUAUUGCUAACAAGGCAUAAGACAUGGGUUGAUAUCUACAAGUUUUUUGCUUGCAUUUUUUAUUUGGUGUCUGGAUUUCUUAUCCUGUAACUGCUGAGAGGAUGUAUUUGUCUUAGAUAUUGCUUUUGUAAUAUAAAUUGGCAAAUUUCUUUUGUAGAUGUUAAAUAAUUCAUUAUUUACUUUUCA